GAAAUGUGUGUUAACGUAUGGUCAUGUUGGGUCGGGGUCUCAGUAAUUGAAUGCGGUCGAGGCACUAUGGAUGUAACGAAAGUGUGUAAGGUAGGAGCCGUUCAGCCUCUCCUCGCAGCACGCUUUCCGUUUAAAAAUGUCGAGUUCUCCAAGUCGAUUACCGGCUUUGGACUCAAGGUACGGAGCUCUCUCAUGCUUCGUAACUACUCUUGCGAUAUACGACGAUCGCUCCAAGUGUGUGUCCAACUCUUCAGUAUCUCCAACAAAGCACUGUACGACCUUCGCUUUCGCCAAAUCGCUGGAAUAUACAAUGUGUCAUGGUAGAUAUACUCAAAUCGCAGAUGCAAGCAUCCAAAUGAGUAAAUGAGCGGACAGACCCUCGAACUUGGGGCCCUGGGCGCGUACAAUGCACCCUUUGUGUGACGUGAAAGAGAACUGGUGGGGUGGCUUACCCGACUGGUCAAAGGAAAACGCGCUAAUGUGAAACAUCACGGGAUUACGCGCUUGAGCUAGUACCGAAGAGGGAGACAGAUCCACUCAGUGAGCUGAAGACCUUUAGGUUUCUGUGAUCGAGGCCACGAUCCAGUUGAUGCAGUACUUCAUUCUCGUUGAUGUAUGGCUUCACUAAGAGGGGAAUUAUGGGUAGUGCCUCCCAUGCUCCUUACCCACAAACUCGCGCGCUCGGACGUUAGCCUUCCUGACGUCACCUGGACGCUGAAUCACGAUGUACACUGUCUCAAGCCUGCGUUCGAUGCUAUCACCCUCACACG